CUGGGCGGAUGAGGUCACUCUUUGUGGUGGCUGCCGUUGGCAAGAUGGCGCCGGUGCUGGCGGAGAAGAAGCUGCUGGGGCCGGACGGGCCUGUGGCCGCCGAGUUCGCCAGCGAGGAGGACGAAGGGCAGAGCCUUUGGCACUCAAUACUGAGUGAAGUUGCCACACGAUCCAGGUCUAAAUUACCCACAGGCAAAAAUAUUCUUGUCUUUGGUGAUGAUGGCUCGGGCAAAACAACACUAAUGACUAAAAUCCAAGGAGCAGAGCAUGGGAAGAAAGGAAGAGGCCUGGAAUACCUGUACCUAAAUAUCCAUGAUGAAGACAGAGAUGAUCAGACCCGUUGUAACGUGUGGAUUCUUGAUGGGGACUUGUACCAUAAAGGGCUCUUGAAAUUCGCUGUUUCGGCAGAAUCGCUGCAAGAGACCCUUGUCAUUUUUGUGGCAGAUAUGUCUAGACCAUGGACUGUUAUGGAAUCCUUACAGAAAUGGGCAAGUGUAUUGCGUGAACAUAUUGAUAAGCUGAAAAUCCCCCCUGAAGAGAUGAGAGAUAUGGAACAGCAAUUUGUGAAGGCUUUUCAGGAAUAUGUAGAACCUGAAGAUGGGUAUCAGGGGUCACCGCAGAGAAGAGGCCCAUCAGGACAAGAUGAUGAAAAUGUAAUUCUACCACUUGGAGAUAAUGUUCUGACUCACAACCUCGGCAUCCCUGUGAUAGUAGUUUGUACAAAGUGUGAUGCAAUGAGUGUAUUAGAAAAGGAACUUGACUACAGAGAAGAACAUUUUGACUUCAUUCAGUCACACAUUCGUAGAUUCUGCUUACAAUAUGGUGCAGCCUUGAUCUAUUCAUCAGUUAAAGAGGAAAAGAAUCUUGAUUUGUUAUAUAAGUACAUUGUACAUAAAACAUAUGGCUUUCAUUUUAUCACACCUGCCUUAGUGGUAGAAAAGGAUGCAGUUUUCAUACCUGCUGGCUGGGACAAUGAAAAGAAAAUUUCAAUUCUACAUGAAAACUUCACAACAGUGAAACCAGAAGAUCCAUAUGAAGACUUCAUUGUAAAACCUCCUGUAAGAAAGUUAGUUCAUGACAAAGAACUUGCAGCGGAAGAUGAACAAGUGUUUCUCAUGAAGCAGCAGUCUCACCUUGCCAAGCAGCCAGCCACACCUACAAGAGCUUCUGAAUCUCCUGCACGAGGGCCUUCCGGAUCACCGAGACCCCAGGGCAGGGCAGGCCCUGUCACUGUCCCCAGUGCCUCGCCAAUAGCAUCUGUUAAGAAGCCAGAUCCAACAAUUAAAAAUAAUGCUGCAAGUGAAGGUGUGCUAGCCAGCUUCUUCAACAGUCUCUUGAGUAAAAAGACUGGCUCUCCCGGGAGUCCUGGUGCCGGAGGAGUGCAGACCACAGCCAAAAAAUCAGGGCAAAAAACAGUUUUGACGAAUGUCCAAGAAGAACUGGAUAGAAUGACUCGCAAACCAGACUCUAUGGUAACGACCAACUCCUCUCCGACAGAGAACGAAGCUUGAUUAAUGCUUGAACCUGCAUAUGUAAAUGACCAAAUAACUAUGUACAUUGAUCUGAUAAGACCAGGAGUUCUCUGCUAUGGCAGAUGCUAUAAGUUUUUCUUGGGGCAGGGGGAAAUGAAAUUUAACCUUCAUUGGCUUGUCCCAGUAUCAAGUGCACAUUCAGGAAGAUUUGCAUAUAAAAUUCCUCUGUUUUAAGAUAACCAUUUUAGAAUAUAAAUAGGGCAAUUCUCUUGAUUUGGGUGGCAAACAAGGUGCAGCUGCAAUUCCUAGGGAAGAGCACAGAGAAGUGAGAUGCGGGAUUCCUGUUGAAAAGCCACCAGUGGCUGCUGGCACUAAGGAUGAAUGAAGUCCCCUUUUCCAAGUAUACCAGAGUUGGCCAUUCAAAACAUAUUUAUACUUGGAGAGAAUCUGGUGUAGUAGAGUGAUGGUUAGAUGAAGAGAGUGUAAGAUGCUGCAUUUAAAAUAAGUGCAAGAUCUGGCUCAGAAGUGAAAAGUAUGUUGGACAGACUGGAGAAAAGCAGUAUUAAUACAUCCUGUGUUGAAUAGAGAUCAGAUAAUCAUGUUUUAAAAACAAAAGCCUUUACAAUUGGAAAGUGUCCAAAGCUUAUAUGCUGAGUAUCAUGGGAAUUUUUCUUGUUAUAAAUUGCAUUUUUGUUUUUUUGUUUUAACAAGAAGCUACAUGAAAUGUGGUGGGUGCCCUUUUUGUCACAGCUGACACAGGGAGAAGCUUGAUUAGACCAAGUGCCUGGCACAGUGACUGAUGUCUUUUGGAAGGUGCUUGAACCUCUUGUGCACUGUAGUACAAACAGUCUUUGUUUGUUUGACUUUACUUUGAAUAACUCAGUAACUUUUUAUAGUAAUGUAUAAUUUUGAAUCCUGUUUUCUCAUAGCUUCUGCCUUGGGUUUUCUUCCCUUUUCUAAAUGCCAAUCACAUGGCCUGUUAAGAGCAAUGAGUGACAUAUCACUUUCCCAUGAUGAAAUGUGUUAUGAAAUACAAAUCUUUCUUUUAGUAGCUGAAAACUCAGUCCUGCCUCAAGGUUUGUGAAACCUGUAAUAAUUUUCUUAUAGGCUCCCAAAAUUUUUGUUCCACUUCUCAGUAAAUUACUAGUGUUUGUAGGUUUACAUUGUUAAAGCAUAGAAACUAAUGACUUCAUUAUAGCCCUUUAGUGUAGCCUUUUAAAUGUGGAAAGGAAUCUUACAAUUGUCCCUCAUUGCUACUCAAAUAAUUACCCAUGGCCAGCUUGAGCUAUGAAAGACUCCCACAGUUAACUGAAAUGGCACUUUUGAGUUUCUGUACAAUAUAUUUGAAAAAGAAACACUACCUUGCAUUAUAGUACUAAACAUCUUUGUAAUCAACACACAGAAGGGAAAAAACCACCGUAUGAAUUAUGCAGAGUUUACUUUUUAUUGAUAAGGAUUUGUGUGUUAUGCUGAAUCUUGUUUCUGAAUAGAACAUCCCUAAUAUUUAUAUAUACAUACAUAUAUAUAUUGUUAAAUAUACAGAAUGAAUUGACCACUAACACAGUACUGGAUGUAAUUGCAAACCCUGUGUUACAUCAAGAGGCCGUCUCUUUGUUUUUGUAAGUCUGUCUAACACUAUCUAGAAAGCUAAGAGUAUUUACUUGCAUUAACUUAAAAGCAUGUUUACUUGUGCCAGUUAUGUGUUGUUGUUUUCCUUUCCUUUUUUUUACAUUUUUAUAAUUUCAGAACCUCAGUUACAUCCACAGUUGCCUGUAUCUUAAAUUGACGAGUUGUGGUUGGGGCAAUUUGGUGUGGUUCUGCUGGCAUAUGAUUUGCCAGAUGUAUGUUAAAGAAAACUGUGGCCACUCUAGCAGAUGUGACUUGCAUCCUGUCCUCGUGGCAUGCAGCUUUAUUAUACUGUUAGGCAGCUGCACAUUUUAUGCCAUGCAUAAGUGCAUGGCAUGUUGGGAUGGUUGAGUUCAUGCUGGGUUCUAGCACAGGGAACUUUACCACUGUCUCAAUCUCCUUGCCACAUGUGCAAAAGGCAUAGAACCAGCCUUAUGAUUGGCUGGCCAGUCUAGAGCUGAUUUUGGCUGCCUAGAGAUAAGGCAUAACAUAUUGG